AUAUUUUGUUUUUAUAUUGGUGAUUCGUCACAAUAUUUUUUUACUUCGGCUGCUUUGGCUGUUCUUCGACUUGAAACAUAUUUUGUUUUACAUUUGUUAAAGGUUCAUUCUUUUUAAACUUUAUUAAUAAGUUGAAUAAGAACAGCAAAAUGAAUUGUAACCUAUUACUAGGUGUAUUCGUUAUUUUAACAGUAACAUUCGCAUCUUGGGCAUCCGAAGAAAAAAUUAAUGGGCCGGUUAUCGGUAUCGACUUGGGGACCACAUAUUCGUGUGUAGGAAUUUUUACAAAUGGUCAUGUUGAAAUUAUUACAAACGAACAAGGUAACCGUAUCACUCCAUCAUGGGUUGCUUGGACAGAUGAAGAACGUCUUGUGGGUGAAGCAGCUAAAAAUCAGGGUUCUCUAAAUCCAAAAAAUACAGUAUUUAACGUCAAACGCUUUAUUGGUCGUAAGUUUAACGAUAGUACUGUUAAGGAGGACAUAGCCAAUUUGCCUUAUAAAAUUUUCAACAAAGACAAUACUCCCCAUAUUGAAAUUUCCUAUAAGGGGGAGAAAAAGCACUAUAAACCGGAAGAAAUCUCAGCAAUUAUUCUUCAGAAAAUGAAGUCAAUUGCAGAAGAUUAUCUUGGUAGGCCUGUUAAUCAUGCAGUAAUAACCGUACCUGCUUACUUUAAUGAUGCUCAGCGUCAAGCUACCAAAGAUGCCGGAGUUAUUGCCGGUCUUACCGUUCUUCGUAUUAUCAACGAGCCUACAGCUGCAGCCAUCGCAUUUGGUCUUAGUGAAACAAAAGAGAAAAAUAUUCUUGUGUUUGACUUGGGUGGUGGUACCUUUGAUGUAUCUAUACUUACAAUAGAUAAUGGUAUAUUCGAGGUUCUUGCAACAAAUGGUGAUACUCAUCUAGGUGGUGAAGAUUUUGAUCAACGUGUGAUAAAUUAUCUCUUAGAUAGGUUUAAGCAAGCAACUAAACUCGAUGCAUCUAAAGAUGCACGUGCUAUUCAACGUCUUCGACGAGAAGUUGAACAUGCCAAAAAGACACUUUCUAACCUUCACAAGGUUCACAUCGAAAUUGAAUCGUUUUUCAACGGGCAUAAUUUCAAAGAAACACUUACUCGUGCCAAAUUUGAAGAGUUAAAUAUGCAUCUAUUCAAACGCACUCUGGAACCAGUUAAACGUGUUUUAGAGGAUGCCAAACUUCAAAAGAAUCAAAUCGAUGAAAUUGUGUUAGUUGGCGGCUCUACUCGUAUUCCUAAAAUUCAAUCAAUGAUUAAGGAUUUUUUUGGAAAAGAGCCUAACAAAAGGAUUAACCCUGAUGAAGCAGUAGCUUAUGGUGCGGCUACACAGGGUGCUGUUCUAUCUGGAAUGGAUGAAGCGGACAAGGUGUUACUGUUGGAUGUUGCCCCUCUAUCCCUCGGUAUUGAAACCGUUGGUGGUGUUAUGGCAGUUUUGAUUCCUCGAAAUUCUCAUAUUCCUAUUCGUAAAAGCUCAACUUUUUCCACGUAUCAAGACAACCAAGAUAGAGUUUUGAUUCAAGUGUACGAAGGUGAACGCACGAUGACCAAAGACAAUCACCUAUUGGGUAAUUUUGAUUUAAGUGGUAUUCAACCAGCCCCUCGUGGUGUACCUCAAAUUGAGGUUACAUUUGAUGUUGACGUUAGCGGUAUUCUUACCGUUAGUGCUGAAGAUAAAGCAAGCGGGAACACUGAAAAGAUUACUAUUACAAGUGAUAAGGGACGCCUAAGUGAGGAAGAGAUUCAAAGAAUGAUUCAGGAAGCCGAGGAGAGUUACGAGCAGGACAAAGAAGCAAAGGAACGCGCUGAAGCUCGUAACUCAUUAGAAAACUAUGCAUAUACAGUGCGAAAUAUUAUAAAUGAUGAAGAGAAAUCUUCUAAACUAUCAGAAGAAGAAAAGAAAACAGUUGAAAAGGCUGUUAAGGAUGCUAUUAAAUGGCUCGAUUUGAAUCCUUCUGCAAAAAAAGAAGAACUAAAUGAACAAUUAAGUUCUCUACGAGAUGUUACUGCACCGAUCAUGUCGAAGACGAGUACCAUGGAAAAUUCUUUUGAUGACUCUAACAUGUCAGAACAUGAUGAACUUUAGUUUUUCAAUAUAAGCCUUAUAAGUGUAGAUUA